AUGAGCGAAUCCACCGAUACUCUCCCUGAAAUCCAGUUGACGCCUCUCGAGAAUACUCUCAAAACCCUCCUACUUGAUGUUGCAAAGUAUAUACAUGAACGAAAGUGCGCAGAAGGUUCUCAUGAUGCGAACCCCUCCGGCACUGUCUUGCGAUUCACUGGAGGAUGGGUGCGCGACAAGUUGCUCGGAGUGGACAGCCAAGAUAUCGAUGUUGGCAUCAACAACAUGACUGGAUAUCAGUUUGGGCUCUUGCUGAAAGAGUACAUGGACAUCCCUGGCAACUUGGACAAAUACCGGAAGGAUCAUGCGAGCGGCGAUCUAGGCAAAGAGCUUGUCAGUCUGCAUAAGAUCGAGGCGAAUCCGGAGAAAUCCAAGCACCUAGAAACAGUGACGACGAACAUUUUCGGCUUCGAUGUAGACUUGGUCAACUUGAGGAAAGAGACAUAUACCGCCGAUAGCCGGAACCCUCAGAUGGAGUUCGGAACAGCCGAGGAAGACGCGUUGCGCCGGGACGCCACCAUCAACGCACUUUUCUAUAAUCUCAACGAGUCCAAGGUCGAAGAUUUGACCAGACGCGGUCUUCAGGAUAUGCAGGACCAGAUCAUCCGCACUCCAUUGGAGCCAUAUCAAACAUUCCAGGAUGACCCAUUGCGUGUGCUACGACUAAUCCGUUUCGCGAGCCGCCUGGGAUACCUGAUACACCCUGAAACUGAGGCGGCAAUGCAGAACGCUCAUAUAGGCGAGGCUCUUAAGCUUAAAAUCAGCCGUGAGCGAGUCCUGAAGGAACUUGAAAAGAUGCUUUAUGGACCUGAUCCUCGCGGUGCCCUACAUAUAAUAGAUCGCCUAGGUCUUUAUCCGACUAUCUUCGCUAAUUUCCAGGAUGAUGCCACUGUUGAGACUUCAUCCUGGCAUUUCGCCUACAACACAGUAGAGAGACUGAUACGGCCUACUGAUGUCGACCCUCGACAGACAGUGGAACAAGUUCGGAACUUUCUCAUUCGCGACAAGCAAGAGGAGUUCUACGCCUGGAUGCUCUCAGCAAUGGCUCCGUGGUCAAAGGUCCCAGGCCGCCCCCCAAAAGGCAAAGGGCGGCCACCACCGCCUCGGGCUGCAGGAGUUGCCAAAGAAAGCUUGCGAGCUGACAACAAAGUGAUAUCUGUUGUGGGAGAUGCAGCAGCAAGCUGGCAGUCGAUUAUUGAGGUGAAGAACUCAAUCUUGGAAGGGACUGUGAGUGGAACGGCAAUGGAAGUUCGCAGGCACGUUGGGUUGCACAUUCGUUCUUGGAAAAAGGACUGGAGGCUGUGCAUUGUUCAGGCCAUACUUCAGGAGGUCGUGAGCGGACGCCAGUAUGACCUAGUGGUCGAAGAGUAUGCCAGGUUUAUCGGGUACAUCAAGGAACAAGGCUUGCAAGAUGUAUACGAUCUGAAACCGCUUGUUAAUGGCGAUCAAGUCAUGAAGACCAUGGGUGGUAAGAAGGGACCAUGGCUGGCCAAGGCAUUGCAGAUGGUGGUUGAAUGGCAACUAGUGCAUCCCGAGUCAACCGAUCAAGAGGAAGUCCUGAAAAUGGAAGAACUCCGCGCGGCAGCAUGCGAAUCCCUCCCGCGAGGUGAUCUUCAACUCCCAGAGGCUGCGACUGCCCGCUAUACCACCACGGGAGGCUUGAAUCACCUAUGGCAGGAUUGCUUGUCUCAAGCUGAAUCGGACCCGGCCAAACUUCGUGAGAACCUACUGGUGGCCCAAGCAGUCCUGCACAACUGGGCUUCUGAGACGGCGCUUGAAGCCGAUGUAGAGGCGGCAGAUUACAUCUAUGACUGGGCAAAGAAGCAAAAGCUGACGCAAGCUAUCACCGUCAUCUCCGGACUGAACAAAGUGCACCCCAUUGGCAAAGCGGCCAACAUCCCUAAUAUUCUCGUUGCGCUUGCUAGCUUCACUUCGGAAGCCGAUCCCUGGUCCACCGAAGAAGCGCACCGGAUCUCAAUUGACAUCCUUCGAGGUUUCAGCGCGACCACGCGCUCCGAUGGCACUCUGUGGACGCAUCUCGAGACGGUCCUGAAGGAGAGGAUCCGACCUCUCUUCACCAAGACGAGGAACCCAGCCAUUACAGCAGAGGGCCGCAAGAACUUCCACCCUGUGCCUCUGGCCCGAUUCGACCUCACCACUCUGGACCCAGAAGCGAAGCCCUGGAAGGCUUUUGCCGUUUACUCAACCACAGUCUUUAGCUGGGCACUCGCUCAAUAUGACUCCACAUCGAUCACCCAACUAGAACGACAAUUCUCGCAACUCAUCCCGCCAAUCCUCGCGCUCAUCGACGACGAGACCCUGACCCCCAAGAUCCGCGGCUGCACCCUCCUCAGAGAACUCCUGCAACCCAUCCGCUCCGUCCAAUCGGACAUCCUGCGGCGCACGAACCUCAGCUCCGUCUUCGAGGACGCCCUCCGGCCAUGCCUACUCUCCCUGCCGACCAUCACCCCGGAAGACGACUCCCUUCGCCUGUUGAGCACCGCCUACCCGGCCCUGCACGCGCUCCUCGAAACCAGCUACGCCACCGGCGGCAGCAGCAGCAGCAGCAAUAAACCCGAAUUCACCGCGGGCCUGACCAAAACCCUGCGCGACAACCUGAUCACCUCCUUCCACCACAUCAGCUCCACGAACCCAAUCACCUCCCCCUCCGCUUCCUCCGCACUGACCUCCUUCCCCCACCCCAGGCUCUCCACGCUCCUCCUCACCGAGAUCCAACGAAUGACCACCGCCCUCGGCAUCGAGUCCACAAAAUACCUGCAGGAGACCAUCCCCCUGAUCUACAGCACCCUCACCAAUCCUUUCGGGACCGCGCACCCGCCCCUCCUCUUCGCGGCGGUGGGCGUCGCCCGCGCCGUGAUCCUGAACGCCCACCCGCGCGUCUGGCGCUGGCGGACCGAGAUCCUGGGCGGGGUUUGCCCAUGCUGGUUGAAUGUCGUCGACGAGGAGCGGGAGAUCCGCGCCGCCGCCGGGGGGAUUUUGGGGAGGCUGAAGAACGAGCUGCAGGGCGUCGUCGCUCUGCUGCGGUUGGCAUUGGAAAAGCCCCUGCGGCCGGACACGCCGGAGCAGGAGGCCCUCGCGGCUGGUGACUUUGGUAAGGAGCUGGAGGAGCUCGUUGCGGCGGAGGAAGAGCUGCGUGGGCUGCUCUUCGCGGAAGUGGAUCCGUCAGAUGGGAGGUAUUUUGGGCAGGCGGAAGGAGAAGAAUGA